AUGGCCUCCCUUGCUGCAGCAAACGGAGAGUUUUGCUUCAACUUGUUCAGAGAACUGGAUAACAAUCAAGGGAACGGAAAUGCCUUCUUCUCUUCAUUGAGCCUCUUCACGGCCCUGGCGGUGGUCCGCUUGGGGGCCCGAGGGGACUGUGCAUCUCAGAUUGAUAAGGUACUCCACUUUGAUGCUGACUCUAGACAUGGAAAUACUUCUCAGACUCAGGAGCCAGGACUCCAAGCUCAGCUGAAAAGAGUUCUAUCUGAUAUCAACUCAUCCCACAAUGAUUAUGAACUCAAUAUAGCCAAUGGUAUUUUUGCAGAAAAGGUGUUUGAUAUUCAUAAGAACUUCAUUGGGUGUGCUGAGAAGUUAUACAAUGCCAGAGUGGAACGUGUUGACUUCACAAACGAUGUAGAAGACACCAGAUUUAAGAUCAAUAAAUGGAUUGAAAAUGAGACACAUGGCAAAAUCAAGAACAUCUUCCAGGAAGGCAGCAUUAGCUCGUCUGCUGUGAUGGUGCUGGUGAAUGCUGUGUACUUCAAAGGCCAGUGGGAAUCAGCCUUCACCAAGAGUGACACUCUAAAGACUUGCUUCAAAUCUCCUCAGUGUCCUGGGAAAGAAGUUCUCAUGAUGCAUCAAGAACAGAAGUUCAACCUGUCUGUCGUUAAGGACCCACCUAUGCAGGUCCUUCAGCUAAGAUAUCGUGGGGGCAUAAGCAUGUACAUCCUGCUGCCGGAGAGAGAUAUAUCCCAAAUUGAAAACCAGCUCACCUUUCGGAAUCUAAUGGACUGGACCAAUCCAAGAAAGAUGAGCUUUCGCUAUGUUGACUUGUUUCUUCCACGGUUCAAGAUAGAGAAAAACUACGAAGUCAAAAAGUAUUUAAAAGCACUGGGUGUGAAAGAUAUCUUUGAUGAGUCCAGAGCUGAUCUCUCUGGCAUAGCUUCAGGUGGCCGUCUGUAUUUGUCGAAGCUGACCCACAAGUCAUACAUAGAAGUCUCCGAGGAGGGCACCGAGGCAGCAGCGACAACGGGAACUAACAUUGUGGAGAAACAGUUGCCCAGCUCAGUGACGUUCAGAGCUGACCACCCAUUCCUGUUUCUCCUCCGAAAGGGUGACAUCAUCCUGUUCAGUGGCAAAGUCUCAUGCCCUUGA